AUAUAUACAUGCAAAUAAAAGAGCGUAAAUUCUUGUUAUCAAUGCCAAUCUUUUGGCAUUCGUUACAAUUUUCUGUUCGUGUAUGUUACAAACCUAGGCAAGGUUUAGAGAUCUGAUAUACAUGUUGUUUUUACUCGCGAAAAUGGUGGAUUUGUGAUCUUUUCUUGCAUGUCUCAACGUGGUGAAUUAAAUUUAAUAUGUUGGGAUCAGUUCCACGCCGUUGGAUAUGCUUCGGUGAAGGAAUUGCAAUGAAGCAUAAUUGACCAUCUCUAUGCUUGCUAGACAAAGACAUGUAUUUGAUAUAACACUUCCAGGCUUGUUGCCACAUGCCUUAAUUCAUGUGAGGGAGCGCAUACAAUCCUUAUCAGUUGCCAUUUUUGGCAAAACAAUGUCAAAUUGAGUUACUGAUUAGCUGCAAAAUAUGGCUGGAAAACAUGGUAUUGACAUACCUGGAGGUUCAGUACUUCUGCACGGAGAACUGGACUUGCGGGUUAUAGAAGCAAAUUCACUUCCAAACAUGGACAUGACAUGUUGUUCUAAGUUUAGUCCUUUUGGGACGACGCGAAAGGUUAAGAGCAAGGAUACAGGGAAUAAAUCAGCAACUCGUAAAAUAAUAGAUACUAGUGACCCCUAUGUGUCUGUAUGUAUAGGCGGGGCAAAGGUAGCUCGAACAACAGUGAUUCGCAACGAUGAAAACCCAACAUGGAAUGAGCAUGUACGCAUACCAGUCGCUCACAAAGUUGACAAAGUAGAAUUUUUUGUCAAGGACGAUGAUGGGGUAGGUGGUGAACUGAUUGGAAAGGUGGAAAUUCCUGCUGAUAAAAUUCAUGUUGGUAAAGAAAUAAGUGGUUGGUUCCCUAUUCUUGGAUCUUCUGGGGAUCCAUUGAAAACCGGUGCUCAACUGCAUCUGUCAAUCCAAUACAAGCCAAUGGCAGAGAACCCUAUAUAUAGAAAUGGUGUUGGAGGUGAGGCCAAUAGAGUAGGAGUACCGCAUACUUAUUUUCCACUGCGAAAAGGAGGGAAUGUUACUCUUUAUCAGGAUGCCCAUGUACCUGAUGCAACACUUCCUGAAAUUUUGCUAGAUGAUGGGAAGGUUUUUAAUCAUAACAAAUGUUGGGAAGACAUUUGUCAUGCCAUGUUGGAGGCUAAGUAUUUAAUAUAUGUUGUUGGUUGGUCCGUAUAUCAUCCUAUACGACUAGUAAGAGAACCUACAAGGCCGUUGCCUUCUGCAGGGGAACGAACACUUGGAGAUUUGCUCAAGUACAAGUCACAAGAAGGAGUUCGCGUCAUUUUGCUCAUUUGGGAUGAUAAAACUUCAAAUGAUGAUUUAUUCCUCAAAACGGAAGGUGUAAUGCAGACUCAUGAUGAAGAGACGAGAAAGUUUUUUAAAUACUCAAGUGUACACUGUGUGCUUUGUCCUCGUUCCGCCAGCAGUAAGCUUAGUGUUUUGAAGAGACAGAUUGUUGGAAACCUAUUUACACAUCAUCAGAAGUGUGUGCUUGUUGACACAGAAGCACCUGGGAAUGAACGGAAAAUAACUGCUUUUAUUGGUGGCCUGGAUUUAUGUGAUGGCCGCUAUGACACUCCCGAGCAUAGACUGUUUAGCGAUCUCGAUACUGUCUUUGGAAAUGAUGUUCAUAAUCCUACAUUCACAACUACUUCAGGUGGCCCAAGAGAACCAUGGCAUGAUCUACACUGUAAAAUUGACGGUCCUGCUGCUUAUGAUGUUUUGACAAACUUUGAGCAAAGAUUUAACAAGGCCACUAAAUGGCUCAAACUAAGGAAAGUCAAACAAGGAUCUGAUACAUUGCUUAAAUUAGAUCGAAUAGCAGCAAUUCGCAUGCCUUCUGCUGGGCCAGAUGGUGACCGUGUGGUCCGUGUCACAAGUGAACAAGAUCCAGAGAGUUGGCAUGUGCAAGUAUUUCGAUCAAUUGAUUCAGGAUCAGUAAAAGGAUUUCCAAAAGACAUUAAGGAAGCUGAAGCUCAGAAUCUUGUCAGUGGAAAAAAUUUGAAGAUAGAAAGAAGCAUACAUUUGGCUUAUGUGAAAGCAAUUCGAUCAGCCCAGCACUUUGUUUACGUAGAGAAUCAGUAUUUUCUUGGUUCUGCAUAUAGCUGGCCAUCGCACCGAAAUUCAGGAGCUAAUAACCUAGUCCCUAUGGAAAUAGCUUUGAAAAUUGCCAGAAAAAUAGCAGCAAAUGAACCUUUUGCAGCAUACAUUGUGGUUCCAAUGUGGCCUGAAGGCGUCCCAAGCAGUAAACCAGUCCAAGAAAUUCUCUUCUGGCAGAGCCAAACAAUGGCUAUGAUGUACAAAAUAGUGGCAGAGGCUUUAGAUAAGGCAGGGGUUUCUCAGUAUUUUCAUCCUCAGGAUUACUUGAACUUCUACUGCCUGGGGAAGCGCGAGGUAGCAAAGGGUAAAAGUGAGAAAUCUGUGUCACAGGGAUUGGCUCAGAAAUUUGGGAGAUUUAUGAUAUAUGUACACUCAAAAGGAAUGAUAGUAGAUGAUGAGUAUGUGUUGAUGGGUUCUGCAAAUAUCAACCAAAGAUCUUUGAGUGGUUCUAGGGAUACAGAAAUUGCUAUGGGAGCUUAUCAACCAAAUUAUACAUGGGCAAAAAAAGAUAGUCAUCCACAUGGCCAGGUCUAUGGUUAUCGGAUGUCUCUCUGGGCUGAGCAUCUUGGAGUGGUGGAGAAUACCUUCACGGAGCCACAGACAGUGGAAUGCGUUAGACGCGUUAAUGAGAUAGCGAGAUACAACUGGAAUGCAUUUUCAGGGGAUGAGUACAAUAAGAUGAAGGGGCAUUUGAUGCAAUAUCCAAUUCAGGUCAGCAAGAAUGGAGAUGUCACAACUCUGCCUGGAUUUGAAUGCUUCCCUGAUGUUGGUGGUAAGAUUCUAGGGGCACCCACAAAUCUUCCUGAUGCUCUUACCACUUAAUGCCACUGCUUGAAACGCGUUGUGAUUAGUCACAUCAGUAGAUUUUGGAUACCAGAUGCCUAAAAGCAAAAAAGACAGAUACCUAGAGGUUUACUACAUGGUCUAUUAUGGUUCAACUGCCAGGCUGAUUAGUGAUGAAAAAGCUCAAUCUCCCCUAAGAUUAAGAUGAUAGUAUCUAUUCAGAAACUUUAUAGUCAGUUUUAUCUAAAAAAAAAAUUAUAGUUGUACAAACUAAUUUCUAUUUUUUUGCUACAACUACUUAAGAAGUCUGUA